CGCAGGCGCGCGGCCGCGGCCACUGCCGAUCCUGCAGUGCACUGUGUGUAUCUACUUAACUAGCGCUAUGCGUCCGUCCGCCGUCGGCUGACAGCGACGCGCCCCGCGCUGCGUCGCGUCGCAGACCAACGUGCAUUAUCUAUUUAUAUCGACGGCACAUAACACACCCCGCUUCCCGCACCGCUACAUACGCAUGCGCAAACUAGGAAAACGAGAAAAGUGAAAAUUGCACAUCAUGGUUUCGGUCAGUGCAGGGCGCCGCGUAGAAUUAGUGCAAGUGAAGCACUAGCCAGCAGCUCGACGGACGGUGCCGCAGGAUGGCCGAUGCCCAUCCGGCAACGGCUGAUUUCACUGCGGCAGUCCUGCGUUACAUAUCAGCUGAGUUCCCGGCGAAGGAAGAGCGCUCGUGACGUUUCGCAGAUCGCGUGAACAGUGGAACCGGCGGCGUCGCGAUGGCGUCCACAAUGCAGCUGGAGUUCACGCAAGCGAUGACCGAUUUCAAGACGAUGUUCCCUGAUAUGGACGACGACGUAAUAGAGGCGGUGCUCCGCGCGAACCAAGGCGCCGUGGACGCGACGAUCGAUCAGCUGUUGGCGAUGAGCACCGACAACCAAAACGAAAGAUUGCGACUUGAGAUGGAACGCGUGGAAAACAGCACUCCUUCACGGCGCAAGGACCGCCGUACUGGAACCAAACCUGCUGAAAAUGGGGAUGAUAAUGACACCACCGCUCUUGUAGACAUCGAUGAAGAGUCAGUACCGCUAGCAGUGCGAAGGAAAUGGGUGCCAAGAAUGCUGGGCCCGUUACCACCGAUGUUCCUCCGAAUCCCACCGUGCACAGACGCAAGGAUCGACCUCAGCCUGGAUAUGGACGACGACCGAAUAGCCACUUUCCUACAGAACGAAGAGUUCAUGGCCGAGCUGAGGUGGAACCAGGAGUUCAUGGCGGCAUUGGACAGUGAACAAGGCAAGGCGAAGGGACAUGACGACGAAGCUGUAUUUAAGGAGCGCCUUAGGAACAUGGGAAAAUUGUCCCGUAAGAAAUUCGCGCAGCUUACGCGUUUAUUUGGGAAAGGCGGUCUACGUCGGAACACGCAGCCACGUGCUGCUCCCCGCGGCCCUCCCGACAGCCUCCUGUUGCAGGAAGAACACUCCGACGACGAAGAUCGCCCUCAAAACGCGAAGAAGGUUUAAUAUGU